CUUUUCUGUGUAAAAAAUAAAUGUGAAUUUAAGGCUGAAAAGAGUGACAAGAAAAACUUAGGGUUUGGUGUGAAAAUAGGUUUGAUGAUAGAGGAAAGGUUGAGUGUGAGUGGUUUGUUUUUGCUUCAAUACUUCCAAAGCAGUCUACAUUUAAGGUUAGGUCUGUGAACUUAACCCAUACUUGCAAGGGUAGGAUUGUAGAAGACAAGAUAAUGAAUAGAUCUGCAGACCCUCCAUUAGUAGCUGAAGUUAUACAAGACCAGUUGAAGAAUGGGUCUGGAAAUGUAAUCCCAAGACCAAGACAAAUUCAAGAGGAUUUCAAGGCUUCUCAUCUCAUUGAUAUUACUUAUCAUACAUCAUGGAAGGCUAGAAACUUAGUGAUGGAAGCUAAGCAUGGGAGUUAUGAAGAGAGUUACAAACUAGUUCCUCAGUUUUGUAAGAUGGUGUGUCACUCCAACAAGAAUUCAGUUGGAACUUUAUCAUAUUGUAAUACUGACAUGGCUUUUGAGUCAAUGACAAUAAGCUUUGCUGGAGCUAUCAAAGGAUGGAAGGAUGGGUGUAGAUCAGUUGUUGGAUUAUAUGCUUGUCAUCUAAAUGGUAAGUGUGGUGGUGUGUUGAUGGCUGCAACUUGGUUAGAUGGUCAAAAUGGUUUAGUCACAUUAGGAAUUGGUGUUUUUCCUGCUGAAACAAUUGAGAAUUGGACUAUGUUCCUCACUAACUUGAAGCCAUUACUCUUAAGCCAUGAAAAGCCAUUGACAUUCAUUUCAGAUAGGCAAAAAGGGCUACUUGAAGCUGUUCUUGCUGUGUUCCCAGACUCACAUCACAUAUAUUGUUGGAGGCACUUGUAUAACAAUUUCAAGCAGCACUUUAAGGGACAAAAGUUGUAUAGCUUAAUGUGGAAUGCAGUCAAAUGCUACAAGAAGAAACAUUUCUAUAAACAUAUGGAAGAUAAGAGAGGAGAAUCCUGCUGCUGUGGUGUACCUUGAAAAGGCUGGUUUUGAGUCAUGUUCUAGAGCCUUUUUUGAUGACACUAGUAAGUGUGAACACCUAAAUAACAACUUUAGUGAGUCAUUUAAUUCCAUGGCAAAAAACCUUAGGGACAAACCAAUAUGUAGACUAGGAAUUCUUUAUAAUCAGUUGGUUAUGAGUUUGUUUCACAAAAGGAGAAAGGAAAGUGAAAAAUGGAAUCCAAAUGGAUUGGCUCCUACUGCUAUGAAACUGAUUGGUAAAUUGUGUAAGUUGGUUGGUGCAUUUA